UUUAUAUAAUUCCUUAUUUAUCUCUAAUGUCGCGUGCAUUCUCCAAUAAAUUGUAUGAUAGAAAGGUUCAGUGGGAACAUUUUUGUAUAACUUUGCCAAAGAGAAACUCUUAGCAGCAAGAGUUUGCUUAUAUUAUAGCAAAAUGCGAAAUUAAUGUUGGCUUAUACACAGUGUAUUCAAAAAGUUCCGGGACUGGUCGCACACAGAUCAAACAACGCCAUGUAUCGACUCCUCUUUAAUAUCAAGCUUCUACAUAGUCUCCCGCCAAUUCGAUACAACGCUUGGAACGAGUCUUCAGGUCCAUCAUCGCCUUCUGGAACGCCUCCACUGGAAUACUGUUCAGUUCCUUUGUCACCGCCUUUUCAAUCGCCUCUACUGACUCAUGUCGAUGUCCCUUCAUCUUCAAUUUUAGCUUGGAAAAACAAAAAAUAGUCUGGGGGGGACAGAUCAGGUGAGUUUUGGAAUGACUUUUACAACGAAUGCGGCGUGUGAGGCCAAGUAGUCCCGUCUGGGCCGUUGAGCGGUUCACACGUCUUCCGACGGAAGAUAAAAUUUUUGAUCCUGCGGGAUUGAAUCAUCCAAUAGGGAUUGCAUCAUCCCGCGCGAGACUCGGUAGUUGGGCCUCUGCAUUGUGUGACACGUUAGGAGAUUUAUAUCAUCAACUGUAAUCUCCACACUAUUGCCUAUUGGAUAGCCAUGGCCGUAUCGGUUCGCUUAGUGCGACCAAGUGCCAAAUAACCGGAGGAAGAAGAAGAAGUGUGAGGCCAAAAGUGUUGGAGAGCGGAGAGUGGUGGCUGUUGCACGACAAUGCACCGGCUCUCAAGUCCAUUGUUGUACAGGAGUUCUUGACGAAAAGAUCAGUGAAAAUCUCAGAAACCUUUUUAUAACAUGUCGGACCUUACGACAAAGGACAGAUACAGCUUUGAUAACAUGAGCGCCGGCAGAUUGCCGACGCAGAAUGUCGCACUGCCAAAGUCUCAGCCAGUGCGUCUCAAGGCGCUACUGCAUUGGUGCGAGAACGACGAGGACGACGACGACGAGAGCGAGAAGAAGUCCGACCGGUCUGAGGACGAGUUGGAUCUUGACGAGCCUGUGCCGCACGACGAUUCUGCCGAGGAUGCUCUACAGGAAAUGCUUGUACCUAAAUCGGGCAUCGAUUCCUCAUUGAACGAGUCAUCAGACGAAGUCUUCAAAAUUACAUCGCCGAAAGAAGUUGUGGCUAGCGCUCCUUCUGUACAAAGAGAAACAAGCUUUGCAACCGAUAGAGAGCAAUGUAGAGUUAGCGAUGUGAGCGAUCCGAGUAAACUAGAGCUUUGUAGCUCUAAACACGAAGAAAACACGCAGGAGUAUCACAGUGGGACGUUUGCUUCGAGGAAUCAGGCUGACACCGCUCACAAUCGCUCGACAAAUCUAACGUUACCCCCGUCGUCGCUUUUGGUUUACAAAGGGGAUUACAACACGAAGCUCGAUACGAACAGGAAUCUGCAACCGAUCCCGAACGCUCCGACGGACUCCACCGGCUGCGCGUUUCAGACGUCCGAGAACCCGAUGAAUUCCGCGAGAUAUAGCUCGCAAAAGAAUAUCACCAAGUACGAAGCGGACGGGAAGUACACGCCGGCGAAGAGUACGCGGUGCGCGGAAUUUAGCACACCCUCGCUGGGGGAAGCGAGUAAGUUGACUAUGAUCAAUCGCCUGAUCUCGGAAACUCCGUUGAAGCACGCACAAGCCAGCGUGCAUCCGAGUCCGUGCACGUCGCACAAGCAACUGUUCCAAACUCCGCAUAAUAAACUGGCUGGCGAUCCGACAAAGAAUCAUGUCCAGACUCCUUCCACGAUAUUGUCCAGCUGGUAUUAUAAUAGACACACACCAAUGGAGGGCAAGAGCUUCGUCGCGAGGGACCACGUGCAAAUGCCCAAGAAUACGAUUCAUACACCUAUCGUAGAGACACCGGAGUUGUCGAGGUACUUCGGAAUGGAUCCAAAAAACGUAAAGCGACCUUUAACGGAUGCUCCGUUGGUGCACGGUGAUUCCUUGGCUCAUCCUCUGGGAUCAAAGCCGCUUCCGUUGCACACGCGUGUUGAGACAAAAGGCAUCGUGUCUGAGUCACAGUCGCAGGAGGAUAGAAGUAAAAAGACGGUUGGACUAUCAGAUAUAAAAUUAAUGCAGACAGAAACAAAUUGCGAUAGUGUUUGUCGUGCGUUAUAUUCAGAUCUGAAAUCGGCGAAUCCUAGCGAGGAGGUGAAGGAGAACAAACAGUCUACCAUACUAGGAAAUGGUCGGAAAACUGUACAGGACAAAAAUGAGGGUAAACCGAUGAUAAUCGGUUCCAACGCCGACGUAAAACUAGUACAAAAUUCUCGAAACUACAGCGAGAAGCAUAACGUCGUUGCGAAUGCGGACUGCAAGAGUCACUCUGUCCGCGAGAGGCAAUGCAAGGAGAUGCAACAGAUCGCGGAUAAAGUGGCAAACGUGCAGUUCACCGUACCGUCGAAUAUUCCUUCGCAAUGUCAAGGCAAGACGUUGAUCGUGAAAGGUAAAGAGUACUCGAUCCUAGGCACCAUCGGUCGCGGAAUGUGCGGCGAGAUUCUGCGAGUGCAGGAUAUAUCCUGCGGUGAGUUGCGCGCUGUCAAAUGCGUCAACUUGAGCAAAAUGGACAAGGACUCGGCCCAAGGUUGCCUAGACGAGAUCUCCAUGUUGCAUAAGUUGCAGGCACCCUGCGUUAUUAAAAUGUUCGACUAUCAAAUUAAAGAUAGUAUGGUUUACGUGGUGAUGGAAAUGGGCGAAACGGACUUCAGUCGAUUCCUGAAAUCCAUGUCUCAAGAGAAGCAAAUAUCCAUUGUCAUGAUUCUAUAUUACUGGGUUCAAAUGCUUACGGCUGUAAAACACAUACACGAACAUGGAGUUAUUCAUUCGGACUUGAAACCAGGGAAUUUUGUACUAGUGCGAGGCCGGCUGAAAUUAAUAGAUUUCGGAAUUGCCUCCAGUAUAAAUUCAGAUAUGACAUCUGUUGUAAAAAAUAAUCCGAUUGGUACGUUAAACUACAUCAGUCCGGAAGCCUUGAUGGACAUUGGUGGAAGCUCUGACUCGCCUACGCACAGUGUUAAAUAUAAGAUAAGUUUCAAGUCCGACGUGUGGUCAUUAGGAUGUAUAUUGUACGGUUUGGUGUACGGAUACACGCCUUUCCACCAUAUACGUUCUCAGUGGGCGAAGGUGAACGCUAUAACUAAUCCGAAACCGAACAUUUCGUUCCCGGUCACGACAAACGGCGAAGACCGUCAGAAUUGUGAGCGCGUGCCGCCCGUUUUAAUCGACGUGAUGCGGAAGUGUCUUCAGCACGAUCCGAGAGCAAGACCCACGGUGUCGCAACUGUUGCAGGUGCAAUAUAUGCCUACCACGCAGAAUACCGUACAGACCUUGCCCCUCAAUCUCCCGAUGAAUGUCCUCAUGAAGAUAAAACAGGCUGUGAACGAAGACGAAUGGCGACUGUUGGUCCAGGCAUUGGACGCAAACAGACAUACGUUAUGAUAUUGUAAUAAUAACUUGUCGAUUAAAACUGAUGUACAUAAAAGCGUUUGUAUAUACAUACAUAUAAGACAA